GAAUUCACAUUUAGCUGAGCUCUGCCUGGCUCUUAUGUCACGCAUGUUUGUAGGAAUGCUAUCUGCUGCUUUGGCCACAAGAUCACAAACUUGUAAUAGGAUCUUACCAGCCCCUGAUCUGCAACAUUUCAAGAGAUCCAGCAUGGAAUAUUAAUAUUUAUGUAUCACUAACCCAGAUGGAUCAUCUACAGAAACAGCAGCCCAGGAAGUACCGAUUGUGGAAGUAAGAUACUGCUGGGGUCCUAGGACUAACCAGCACCUUGGAGAGGAGAUCACAUGGCAAGCAAAGGAAAGCAAGAGUCUGAAAAGGUAAAAGAGGGGGAACACAAAAGAUCUGCCUUUGAUCUGUUUUUUAACCCAUUGCAAAGAAAGAAAAAUGAUAAACCUGAGCAGACGAAAAAUAAUAUUUUCCAAGUAAACAGAUUCUUCAGAGGAUUUGACAGAAACACUUCAAAAACCGACAAGGAAAAUGAGCCACCAGAAGAGGGUGCACCAUCGGUUGAUCCCACGCCUGACAAUGUGAAUGGGAAUCCUGAUGCAGAAACAGAACCUGAUCCAAAGUUAUCCGACUGGUGGAAAGUCGAGCAGUUUAUGCAGAAAUUCGGAAAAAAAGCGGAACGCAAGUCAAUCAGCAUUAACAACUGUGACCUGACACAAACUGACAUGAAAGAACUCAGCUUACUGAUCUCUUUUCUUCCUGAUGCGGAAGAAAUUGACCUUUCUUGGAAUGAUUUGAUUGGUGGAUCAAUACAUUUACUGACCUCCCAAUUCCAACAUGUCAGCAAUCUGAAAAUACUGAGUUUAAGUAACUGCAGUCUUACAGAGAAGGACUUCACUGCCUUAGGUGAGUCCUUUAACUUGAUUCCUCAUUUAGAAAGUUUGGAUUUAUCGUGGAACAGUAACCUAGGAUGCAAUCUGUUCAGAAUCUCUCAACAUGUACCAGGUCAAUCCGGUAUAAGGACCUUGAACCUAACAGAAUGUAACCUCAAAUUAGCCGAUGGAGACUCUCUAGCACAGGCUGUAAGCAAGAUGCCCAAACUGGAAGUGUUGGACCUUUCUGCAAAUUCCGAGUUUGGAGUUUAUGUCAACACAUUUAUAGAUGAUCUGAAGAGAUGCUCUUAUCUGAGGGAAUUGAAACUUCAUGGCACUGGAUUACAGCAGGACAGCAUGCAAUGUUUAAGUUCUGCAUUUCAAUACUGGCCAUAUCUGCGGAAGCUGGACCUGUCCUGUAAUAAGAAAGCGGGGGGAGGAUUCCAAGAAGCGACUGCUGGGCUAACGUCUUUCAAACACCUGGACCUCUUGGAUAUUCACCAGUGUUGCCUUUCCAGAGACGAUGUUGUGGCCCUGACCCAGGUCAUACCCUUGCUCUCCGAUCUCAAAGUUCUGAAUAUAUCAUCGAAUAAAAUGAUUGGUCAGUCUCCUGAACAUCUUUUCAGCCGACUUCGCUUUUUGCCAAAACUCAGGUCUGUGAUAGCCAGCAAUUGUGCCUUAACCAAAGAAUCUUUUGCCGCACUAGCUGAAGCAUCUCGUUAUCUGUUGGAUCUUGAAAUCUUGGAUCUUUCCUGGAAUAAAUGUGUAGGCGGUAACCUCCAAUUGAUGUCAGGUUCUCUGAAAUAUACAACUGCUCUGCACAGCCUCAUCCUUAGUAGCUGUAACCUGGUGACCCAUGACCUGGCUGUUUUAGCAUCCACAUUACAAGAUGGACAUCUACAGAGAUUGCUUCAACUGGAUCUUGCAUACAAUGACACGAUUCCCGAUGAGGGAUGGGGUCUCCUUUUUGAGAGUAUAGGUGCUCUAAAGAACAUUACUGAAUUGGAUAUUAGUCUACGUCCUGCUUCCAGACGUAACUGUGGUCCUUGGUUCAUUCAUUUCUUGUCAAGCUUAUUGAAAUUACCUAAACUCAAAGAAGUGGGAAUGCAGCGAUGGGUGCUCUCCCCAGCAGAACAGCAGCAACUGGACCGUGUUUGUAAAGACAACCUCAUUCAUGUUAAUUUCGACUGACCCGACACAUUUUAAAAAAACAUUCCUUAAAGAGACAGUGACAAUUGAAAAUGAGAAAGCAUUGGAAGCAUUCAGAUAUAAUGCACUCCUGUCUCUAUAGAGGUCCACAAAUAUAGUUAGAAAUAUACUAUUGUUAAUAAAGUUUUUAAUGUCCAUGAAUGUCUAUUCAAGAAAGUUGACUAUGUAUGUGAAGCAAUAAUGCAUU